AUGGAGAGCAAGACGCUCAUGUUCGGGACCCGUGCGGGACUCACAGAUGUCGCGUGGCGGCGUGCGAUACAUCGGGUGAUAGCAAGGAUCACUGCACUUUUAGCGGUGUGUGUAUUGUCGCAUUUACCCGUCGCUGGAGCUACACAGGCGCAGUCAAAGCCAUGCCGAUUUUACGAGAAUCCAUUGACACAGGAAUAUAUCGCGCAGUUACGUGACUAUGACGCAUUGGAGUUCCAAGAACAGCUUGUCAGUAGCUACAUCAGCUCUGCAGCGGCCGAUUUUGCGCUGGGUAUCACUGGACGAUCCGAAUUCGCACGACAAGCACCCACAGACUUUGUCGUGUUGCGCAUAUUUUCCUGUGAAUUGAAAGCUGAUGCAACAGCUGCAAGCAAGAAUGUUUGUCAUGCGUCUGAAGGAGCAAUGCAAAACUAUAAAGGCACGGAGCAGAUUAAAGCCAUCCGAGUGAAUAGUGCGUACAGGAAUAUUGCAUUACUGGAACUGGAACAGCGAGACCAAGCACAUAAAUUGCAGACCGUGGGAAGCAAACGGACAAUGAAUGAACCUACAAGAAAAUUGUUUGGAUUGAGGAAAGAGUCACCGCUGCUGGUGGAUGAAUUGGGGGUGCGGGAGCUUUGGGAACGGGGUUUUAAAGGACAAGGUGUGAAAGUGGGGGUGUUCGAUACGGGACUGUCGUCGAAAUUGACGAAUGUGAAAGAGAAAAUUAACUGGACGCAUGAGCCAAAGAAUACCGACACGGUGGGUCAUGGCACAUUUGUUGCUGGAGUUAUAAGUGGGACGGAUUCGAGAUGUCCGGGGAUUGCACCGGAAGCGGAACUAUUCGUAUUUCGUAUGUUUACUGGGGAGCAGCUUUCGUUUACGUCUUGGUACUUGGAUGCAUUUAAUUAUGCGCUGUUUAAGGGGAUUCAAGUACUGAAUUUGAGUACAGGAGGACCGGACUUCCAGGACCUGCCGUUUGUUGACAAAGUUAAGGAACUAGCAGCGCAUGGAAUAAUUCUGGUAUCUGCAGUCGGUAAUGAUGGGCCUCACUAUGGUUUGCUGUCCAAUCCAGCAGAUCAAGUCGAAGUCAUCGGAGUAGGUGGGGUCACAAAAGACAACGCGAUCGCAGAGUUUUCUUCACGUGGUAUGACGACGUGGGAACUUCCAUUUGGGUCUGGUCGCGUGAAGCCCGAUAUCGUUACACUCGCUGAAGACGUUCCUGGAGCGGAUGCCUCAGGUGGAUGUAAAGUGCUUUCUGGAACCAGUGCGUCGGCACCAAUUUUAUCGGCGUCAAUAGCAGUUCUGGCGUCCAUGAUCCCUGUUGAAGAAAGGUGGAACCUGUUGAACCCAGCAUCGAUGAAACAAAUUUUACUUGAAAGUGCUGACAAACUGGAAGCUCGCUACGAUUCCGAGCAUUUGGUUCGAAACCAUAUUUUCGAGCAAGGAAAUGGAGUUCUCAACAUCUCCAAAGCCGGUCAAGCAGUAGAAAAAUUGUGGGCGCGUUAUCAAACCGCACAAAAUGUCACACGACCAGACAGUGACGUUGUCCCUACCGUCUUGAAGCCAAGCUCUUUUCCGGACAGAAUUGACUUAACGGACUGUCCUCGCAUGUGGCCGUACUGCUUACAACCACUUUAUCACAGUGCGUUGCCUCUUAUGGUCAAUCUGACCAUCAUGAACCCUUCAUCCGUCGUCGGUACAAUCAAGAAGCCACCCCAGUGGAUAAACGGCAAUAAUGGCGAGCAUUUGGCGAUUUCGACGACAUCGCCUUCCGCGAUAUGGCCGUACUUUGGCUCGAUUGGUGUCUUUAUUGAGGUUAAAGAGAAAGCUGCUGCCUUUGAGGGUAUUGCUGAGGGAUCGUUACGUCUGGAGGUGGAGAACGGCAUCAAAGUAGACGAGCUGCUUAUCCCACUAACCAUCAAGAUCAUUCCUACUCCCCCAGCGCCCAAACGAAUUCUGUGGGACCAGUUCCACAACAUCCCCUAUCCGUCAGCAUUCGUACCGCGCGACAACCUGGAAAACCAACAUGAUCUUAUGGACGUAGCAGGCGAUCACCCGCACACAAACUACCACCAGAUGUGGAACUUCUUAACCGGAGAAGGUUUUUUCGUGGAGAUCUUACCGUUUGAAUACUCGUGCUUGGAUCUUGGAAAAUACGGCGUCGUCAUGAUUGUCGACCCCGAGGAGGAAUUUUUUAGAGAUGAAAUCGUAGCGCUUCAAGCUGCCGUCAAGUACUCGAACGUGUCACUUAUUGUGUUCGCUGACUGGUACGACAAUCGCAUCCUGGAUUCCUUGCAGCUUUUCGACACCAGUACUUUAAGCAAGUGGCACGCUAUCACUGGUGGAUCGAACAUCCCAGCCAUUAACGAGUUAUUGCGUGAUUUCCACAUUGCAUUCGGAGACGGAGUGGUGUACAGCUCCAGCGUUUCACUGAUGGAUUCAGGCAACGACUCGUCGUUCCCGUACUGGUCCGGAUCGUAUCUCACAAAUUUCCCCGUAGGCGGAUACUUGGGCUACAUUGAUGCUGUCGACCAAAGUGCCAAGACCUUAAAUGGAUCCGAGAAAACUCUGACGGAUGUUCCUGUACUGGGUCUUUAUCAAGUGCCUUCCAUCUACGGCGGUCGCAUCGCGGUGUUCGGAGACAGCUCGUGUCUUGAUUCUAAUGUGCACCCUGCAGCAAAAUUCCGACAUUGUUUUGGAAUGUUACGUAAAAUGUUACAUUUCACGAACGGCGCUGUGCUUCCAUCCACAAAUUCUCCUCAGGACGAAUCAGCUAGUGCAGGACUGCAACGUCUUGAGUUGGAAUUCGUCGCGGACAAGUCGCAGUUGCACCCGCUGGUGGACUUACAAGACGAGGACAUUUGGCAUUUACGCGCUCGGUAUAAUGAGUUCGCUAAACACUCCAAAGUGCUCCAGGCCAGUCAAGGGAGGUCCACUCAUCGCAGUUUCUGCAAGUUCUUCGCCAAGGAGCAGUGCAUCGAGGCAACUACAGAAAGUGUUACCUGA